GAAGCGGGACACGUGACUGCAUUCCGUGCGGAGUAAGAUGGCGGCGCCCAGGGAGAUAGCGUGAGCCUGUUGUGGGAAGCUCCGUUAAGACCAGAGUCAUUGCCUUUGCCUAAAUUGGAAGUCCGUCGCCAUGUCCCGACUGAUCGUCAAGAACCUACCGAGCGGGAUGAAGGAGGAGCGAUUCCGGCAGCUAUUUGCCGCCUUUGGCACCCUCACUGACUGCAGCCUCAAAUUCACCAAGGAUGGCAAGUUUCGCAAGUUUGGCUUCAUUGGCUUCAAGUCUGAAGAGGAAGCCCAGAGGGCCCUGGACCACUUCCACCGGAGCUUCAUCGACACAGCUCGGGUCACAGUGGAGUUCUGUAAGUCAUUUGGAGACCCAUCUAAACCUCGAGCCUGGAGCAAACACUCCCAGAAAACCACCCAGCCAGGGAAGCCUGAAAAAAGCCCAGUGGCCCCUGACACUAAGAAAGACAAAAAGAAGAAAAAGGCAACAGGAGAACUGGAAAAGCUAAAGAAAGAUGCCGAGUUUCAGGAAUUCCUGAUGGUUCACCAGAAGCGAACACAGGUGGCCACUUGGGCAAAUGAUACUGUGGGGGUGGAACCAAAGAAAGAGAAGACCAAGAAGAGUGAUGACUACUUGAAUUUUGAUUCUGACUCAGGGCAAGAGAGUGAAGAAGAAAUCGAUGAUGAAGACUCUGAAAAAGAGAGCCCUGCAGUGAAGGCCGCAGAGCAGAAGGAGCUUUCUGAUAUGGACUACCUGAAGUCCAAGGUGGUGACAGCAGAUUCCUCAGAGGAAGAGGAAGAGGAGACCAGUGAAGAUGAGGCAAUGGCUUGUGAUGAGGAAGGCAGUGAUAAGGAAGAGGAACAGCCAACACCUGGCCCAAGGGGCUCCAAAACUGGACCCAAGCAGCCCAGCCAAGCCCAGGGAGAGGUGACUGCACCAACCACAGCUUACACAGUGAAGCUCCGGGGAGCGCCCUUUAAUGUCACCGAGCAAAAUGUUAGAGAAUUCCUGCUGCCUCUAAAGCCCAUGGCAAUCCGUAUUGUAAGAAAUGCUCAUGGGAACAAGACAGGUUAUGUCUUUGUCGAUUUCAAUAGCGAAGGGGAUGUGGAGAAAGCCUUGAAGCGCAACAAAGAUUACAUGGGUGGCCGCUACAUUGAGGUGUUCAGGGAGAAGGGGACCCAGGGGACCCCAACGCACCAGAAAGGCAACCAAAAGGCUUGGCAGGGCCGAGAGCUCAAGGAGGAUGAGGAGGAGGAAGACCUGGCUGACUCAGGGAGGCUCUUUGUGAGGAACCUGCCUUAUACCAGCACAGAGGAGGACCUUGAGAAGCUAUUUGCCAAAUAUGGUCCCCUGUCUGAAGUCCAUUAUCCCAUAGAUGGUCUGACCAAGAAACCGAAGGGCUUUGCUUUCAUCACCUUCAUGUUCCCUGAGCAUGCAGUUAAGGCCUAUGCAGAAGUGGACGGACAGAUCUUCCAGGGCCGGAUGCUCCACUUGUUACCCUCCACCAUCAAGAAAGAAACCAGUGAGAGCUCAGACGCAGUGUCUUCUUCCUACAAGAAGAAAAAGGCAUUGAAGGACAAAGCCAACAGUACCAGCUCUCACAACUGGAAUACGCUCUUCAUGGGUACUAAUGCCGUGGCUGACGCUGUUGCACAGAAGUACAAUGCCACAAAGAGCCAAGUGUUUGACCAUGAGACCAAAGGCAGUGUGGCUGUGCGGGUGGCCCUGGGGGAGACCGAGCUGGUCCAAGAAGUUCGUCACUUCCUGAUCAAGAAUGGUGUCAGCCUGGAUUCCUUUAGCCAGGCUGCGGGCGAGAGGAGCCGGUCAGUGAUCUUAGUGAAGAACCUGCCGUCAGGGACGAGGCCCUCCGAGCUACAAGAGCUCUUCGGCCGCUUCGGCAGCCUGGGCCGGGUGCUGCUGCCCGAGGGAGGCAUCACAGCGAUCGUGGAGUAUCUGGAGCCUCUGGAAGCCCGAAGAGGCUUCACCAGCCUGGCCUAUUCCAAGUUCCAUGAUGUUCCCCUGUAUCUGGAAUGGGCACCUAUCGGGGUUUUCUCCAGCCACCCCUCCCCGAAGAAGGAACAAGGAGAUGAGCCUGGAGGGAAGGAGGCCACUCAGAGUGAGGCUGGGCCGGAUGGUGAAACCACAGAAGAGGCAGAGAAAAGAGCAGCAGUGGCUCCAGAAAAGAAGCUGGAUGCCCCAAGCGAGGAAGACGAUGAUGACGAUGAUGAGGAGGGUCUACCCGGGUGUACUUUGUUCAUCAAAAACCUCAAUUUCUCCACCACAGAGGAGACGCUGAAAGAGGCUUUCUCCAAAGUCGGGAAGGUGAAGAACUGUAGCAUCUCCAAGAAAAAGAACAAAGCAGGUGUGUCGCUGUCCAUGGGCUUCGGCUUUGUAGAGUACCAGAAGCCAGAACAGGCCCAGAAAGCCCUCAAACAGCUCCAGGGCUGCAUGGUAGACGACCACAAGUUGGAAGUGAGGAUUUCUGAGCGGGCUGUUAAGCCAGCCUUGACAUCAGCCCGGCAGAAACAGGUGGCCCGCAAGCAGAGGACAUCUAAGAUCUUAGUCCGCAACAUCCCGUUCCAGGCCAACGUGCGGGAGAUCCGAGAGCUGUUCAGCACCUUCGGGGAACUGAAGACAGUCCGUUUGCCAAAGAAGAUGACGGGGACAGGCCCCCAUCGAGGGUUUGGCUUUGUGGAUUUCCUAACCAAACAAGAUGCCAAGAGGGCUUUCAAUGCCUUGUGCCACAGCACCCAUUUGUACGGCAGAAGGCUGGUCCUCGAAUGGGCAGACACAGAAGAGACGGUCCAGGCCCUGAGACGGAAGACAGCUCAACAUUUCCACGAUUCCCCAAAGAAAAGGCGGUCUGUGGUGUUGGACGAGAUCCUGGAGCAGCUGGAGGAGGGCGAAAACGAGGGCGAAAACGAGGGCGGCGAGUAGCAGAUACUUCAGCAGCUCCCUGGUGGAGAGAGAUGAGAAAACUGAGGCCAGCUUGCUCAAGAUCACACAGCUGGAAAGAGUCUGAAGUUGGAUUUGAACUCAGGAAGAUGAAUUUCCUGACUCCAGACCCAGUGCUCUCUCCACUGCGCCACUUGGCUGCCCAAGUUUCCAUUUUAGCCUUCUUCUCCAAACUUCCCUAUGACAUGGGCUCCACCUUACAACCCUCUGUUUCCCAAGUCUCAUUUGUCCCUAAAGCAGCUGCUCAGGCAAACAUUCCACAAUGAUUCAGGAUCUUGUAAAAGAGUAUUUAUGAUAGCCUCCCUGCUCUGAUAAAGGGGAUCGAUGAAGACUAUGUGACCCAGUGGAAAGACUUUCAAACUCUGGGGCUCAGGAGAUCUGCUUUCUAAUCUCAGUUCCUCUAUGGGCUCAUUUUGCCAUCUUGAGCACAAUAACUUCAUUUCUACAAAUAACUAUUAAAGACCUGCUCGAUAUAGACCACUAAACUAGGUAUGGAGAAGAUAAAGACAAGACCCUCCUAUCAAGGAGCUUACAUUAGUCUGUAAGAAAAGCAACACUGAGAAGUUGAAGUAUCAUGAAAAAGCUUUGGAUUUGGAUUCAAAGGACCUGGAUUCAAAUACCACCUUUGCCACUUAGACAUUGAGCAAGGUCAUAAGCUUUCUGGGUCCAGGUCGCUUAUCUAUAAAAUGAGGAGGUCAACAGCUGAGGGCCAUCCCUUCCAGCUCUAAACCUAUCAUCCUAUGAAUGCUGCCUCUACCACUUCCUGCCCUUGUGCCUUUGGCCAAGUUACUCCUAAGUCUUUUUGAGCAUCAGUAAAUGUGAGUUGGACCAGAUCACUUCUAGGUCUUUUCUUGUCCUUGAAUUUGAGACCACGUUACGUACAGAAAGACAGCCCCAAAUUCAGGUUAAGAAUUCAGGCCAAGAAAAAAUGGCAGGCUGAGCACAGAGAAGCUUCCCUCAUUGAUUCGAUUCUGGGCCCUUCUCCUUUGGAGAACCCCUUUGGCCAAUAAUUAUUCCCCUUGAGCACAGUGAGACUAUGAGUCAAGAAUCAGCAGUUUAAAGGAUUGGUUCUGCCAUACCUGGCCCAAAGACCCUUGACAGAUAACUGAAGCUGUGGGAAAUAAAAGAUACUUUGGAAACACAA